CAUUGAAAUAUUUUUUAUUCCGAAUGUCAGAUCACGCAAAGACAGAGGGGGAAAUUUGAAUUCUGCCAUAAUAAAUAAUAAUGAUUCUCGCGUAAUAAAUUUUUAACAAGUGGGUUAUUUGGUAGUAUCAAAAUUACAGUGAUCUACAGAAAUGGAUAAUAUAUUAUUUAUAGAUAAUGCGAGACAAGAUGAAAUCGAAACAUUUUAUGAAGCUGCUCAACGGCACAGGGACUACUAUAGAUAUUAUCCAAAGGCCAACCAUCCUUUAUUAUACUUCAGGGAUCCGGAAUAUAUGUGGCAAUGUCCUCAAGAAAUGACCCCAGUCUACCUAUCAUUCCCAAUGUACCAUGUGAAAUACAAGCAGCCAGUGGUGUUACCCGGAAACGUCGGCCGAACAUCCGGGAUUCCGGCCCUGCCGGAUCGUACGCUCGCCGGACGCUACAACAAAGCUGCUUGUAAAGCAUUCGUCAGAUAAAAUUGAAUUAAUAUAAGACACAAUCUACAGUUAGUGGAACUAAAUUGGAAAUACUCAGGAAAUUACAUCAUUCAACUGUCUGUGGACUAAAAUGGGGAACUACAAUUACUAAAAAUUAAAAAAGUUUUACCAAAUAUCCUAAACGCCCAAGCGGCUUUUACAUCAG